AUGCCACACAAACUCAUCGUGCUUCGCCACGGCGAGUCGCAAUGGAACCACGAGAACCGGUUCUGUGGGUGGAUCGACAUCCCGCUCUCCGAAAAGGGCAGGCGCGAGGCGCACCACGCAGGCCAGUUGCUCACGGCGCACGGCAUCAAGCCGUCGUUCAUGUUCACGUCCAUGCUCCAGCGGUCCAUCCAGACAGGCCAGAUCAUCUUGGAAACGGUCGGGCGCAUGUGGGUGCCGCACGAAAAGUCGUGGCGGCUCAACGAGCGCCACUAUGGCGCGUUCCAGGGCCGCAGCAAAAGCGAGGUGUAUCGCCAGUAUGGGAAGGCCCGGUACCAGUACUACCGGCGGGAUUUCCACGCGGUGCCGCCCAAGGCGGACGCGCGGCACGACGCGUCGAUCGACGAGCGCUACGAGGGCCUUUUGGACCGCACGGCGCCCAGCGGCGAGUCCUUGGAGACCACGCUGCAGCGGCUCCUUCCGUACGUGGAAAGCGACAUUGUCUCCCGCCGGGUGCUCGGGCACCACGACACGGUGUUGGUGGUGACCCACGGGCUGAUUGUGCGCAGCCUCAUCAAGCACUUCUGCCACGUGAGCGACGAGCGCAUCAGCGAGAUCAACGUGCCGACCGGCGUGCCGCUUGUGUUUGAGCUCGACGACCGCGGCCGCUUGCUCGGGGACUACUACUACCUCGACGAGGAGUUGGCCCGCCGGGGCAUGGAAAAGGUGGCGCGGGAGGGCCAGGUCCAGGAGCGGGCCAAGUGCUAA